AUGCCGAACAGCAAGAUUCUUGAAAAUAAAAAGUGGAAUCCACGCACUGAGGGUGUUGUUCCUCAUGACAACGUUUAUUAUGGCAAGUGUUUCAUCGGUGGUGCUUUAGCUUGUGGUUUAACACACGUUGGAAUAACACCACUCGACGUCACCAAGUGUAACAUGCAGGUCAAUCCUACAAAAUACAAACGUUUGAUAAGUGGAUUACGAAUCAUCGCGACGGAAGAAAGUGCUCGAGCUGUAUGGAAAGGCUGGGCACCGACAUUGUUAGGUUAUAUUCCCCAAGGUGCACUGAAAUACGGCCUUUAUGAAGUAUUCAAGGAUCUUUAUGCAAGCAUGGCGGGAAAAGAAUAUUCACAAAAGUACAAAGGAUGGAUUUGGUGUGCUGGAGCAGCGUCCGCUGAAUUCGUUGCCGAUAUUGCACUUUGUCCAAUGGAAAUGGUCAAAGUUAAAGUUCAAACAAGUGUUCCCGGAACAUUUCCCACAAGUCUUGGAGCUGCUGUCAUCGAAAUGAAUACUAAUCGACAAGCUACACGAUUUCCUUAUGGGUCGAUCGUUCCUCUCUGGUCACGACAGAUUCCAUACACUGUGGCAAAGUUUUACACGUUCGAAAAGGUUGUGCAAUAUUUUUACACAAAUAUCUUUACCCAACCGAAAACGAGCUAUUCGAAGAGCACACAACUUGGCAUUACAUUUGCAUCCGGUUAUAUCGCUGGAAUAGUAUGUGCCAUUGUUUCCCAUCCAGCUGAUUCACUUGUUUCACUAAUGGCUAAACCGGAAUACAAAGGCAAAUCCAUUCUACGAAUUGCUAAGAGAUUCGGUGUUGUUAAUCUUUGCACGAAAGGGCUCGGCACUCGAGUUAUCAUGAUCGGAACGUUAACAGGUUUUCAAUGGUGGAUUUACGAUACAUUCAAGACAGCGUUAGGAAUGGGUACAACUGGUGGAAAGUAA